CUGCUUCACCUGAAGUGUUGACUGGUACCACAUAACGGAAUCUUCUAGACGUACCGAAACAAUGGCCCAGGAAUUUUCUGUCGUAACGCAAAGUAUGGUCGGUGUGACCAUAACAAGCUCUGCUAAUACCUUUGGUAGUGAGAGACGCUUUCCAAAAGAUAUUACUAUAGCAGAUCUGAAGGGUAAAUUGGUGCUGCUGACUGGUGCUGAUGUGGGGAGUAUGAAACUGGAGCUUUACACAAACGAAAACAAACUGGUCUGCCCUAUUGAUAACGACAAUGCUUUACUUGGAUCCUACCCAAUUGACGAUGGCAUGAGGCUCCAUGUGAUAGACCCUAAUGCCAAGUUAGGAGAGUUUGAGGAUGUAUCCAAGGUGGAGAAGUUUGAACUAAGUGCAGAAGAAUAUGCCAAACGCGGAGACUCUGUGCGUGCAUUCAAGGAGCGUAACAAGAUGGGUCGGUUUCGAGAGAUUACACCAGAAGAAAAACAAAGACAGGAGGAGGAACAGAGGGUGAAGGAAGAACAGGAUAAGGCUGCGGUGGAGGCUAUGAAAAUUGGAGACAGAUGUGAGGUCAGUGUGCCAGGUCAGCCUGCCAGGCGUGGAUGUGUAAAAUAUGCAGGUCUUACAGAGUUUAAUUCUGGAUACUGGGUCGGUGUGCAGUAUGAUGAACCAGUUGGAAAAAACAACGGCAGUGUGAAAGGCAAGCAAUACUUCCAAUGCCCUGACAAGUAUGGGGGAUUUGUAAAACCAGAGAACGUGCAAGUUGGGGAUUUCCCAGAGGAAGGAUUUGAAGACAUGGAGGAUGAUGAGAUGUGAGAGGGUCAGGCACAGGGUUAGAAUGUGGAGCUGUAGGAGGUGGGCAUGUGUGGGCCUGAGGGGUUUGGGUAUUGAUAUGUCAAUAUGAUAAGAGUAAGCCGAGAAUGUACUGUGUCAGCAUGAACUGAGAGAUUAUGUGCAAGAAAAAGGCACUGUGUUCUCGGUGUAGCAUGUUAGUUUGGAUACACAUGUUGAAAAUGGAGUCUGGAGACAUCAUGACCCCUUCUACUUAUCCAUUUGAAGGAUUGAUGUUAAAUGAUGUAAAAAAAAACUUCGUGACACCUAGCCCAUAAAAAUAUGCUGUAAAAGCUAUUGUGUUGUGAUUUUAAAUGUGCUCUUUUAUUAUCAACUGAAUAAUAUUUAUUGACUAUGUAACUGUAAGAAGGUGACAUGUGCUAUCAUUACCUCUUUUUUUCAUCUGUCUUGAAAAAUUUUGUCGGCCAUUUUUCAUAUGUAUUUGAGAGUAUUUUACCAGGGGCGGUAUUCAAUAUAGUUCUUUCCUUAUCCUUAGACAUGCCUCAGUGAUUCCAAUCAGUGUUAUUGGUCGUUUAAUUUUACAGACCAAUCAAAUCACUUAGAUUCUACUUUUAAAUUUAGGAUUGAUCUAAGUAUUUUAAGUUAUUGAAUACGCCCCAGACCUUGUUAGUUUACAUCUUGUACGCUUCAAACCCCAUUUUUCUCUUCGACUGUAGACAUGUAUUGAAUUCAAUUGCUUUUGAGUAAAAAAAAAAUUUCAAAUGUUAUCCUCUGAUGCUAUUGAUGUAAACAUUUAUUCUACUUCCAUUUUCAUACUUGCUUACUGUGAUAUAUUUUAUAUUGUAUUAAUAAAGAAGAUCUGUGUUCAUACAAUAAAUUUCUCUUAGUAAA